AUGCUCACUACAUCUCGCACGCAGCGUCCCGCCACCUUCACCAACAGGCAGGUGGCGAACUUCUACUUCCGGCCGUGCCGUGAUCAGUACGACGAGGUAAUCCUCGAGUACUUUCGCUGUCGGUGCGGCGCGGUCCGGAAGCGUGCCCCUGGUUCGGGGUACACGAACCUGAUGCAGCACAUCAGGCGUGAGCACCCCUCGUUUGCUGCGGAGAUGCUGGCUGCAACCCCGGGAGAGACUGGGUCUCUCCUGCAUUACGUCCGCCACUCCGCCCUGAACACGUUCGGAUGGCUGGUGGGUCGUCCUGGGCAACUUGCCCCUUUCAUUCUAUACACGAACCUGGAGCCCAUCUCGGUGGAAACGCUCCGAGGUUCCCUGGAAUCGGUGACACGCUCCGUCGAGCGUGCGAUCGCUGCCGAUUUACCUGAGCGUUUCGGUAUCAUUUUUGACGGGUGGAGCCAUGCUUCGGAGCAUUUCAUCGCCGUCUUUGCGUGGUAUGAGGUAGACGAGGCGAUUCGCUGCCCGCUCCUCAGCAUGGCUCCACUCGUCAAUGAGGAGACCGACGAUUUGUCGGCCGCAACGCACCAGGCCUUUCUGCGCACGAUGCUGUUGCGAGACUACAACAAGAGGCUGGAGCAGUGUGUCUUCCUCGUGGGAGACAACUGCUCCGUCAACCGCCGGCUCGCCACCCUCAUGGGUGUUCCACUAGUCGGCUGUGCUAGUCACCGCCUAAACCGAGCGGUAGCUGCAGAGCUGAGCGAGCAUGCUGAAGAUCUGGACCUGAUGGAGUCGUAUUCCAACUACCUAGCUCCAACAGCUGAAAUUGUCCACAGCCCAGACUUUGAGUCGGGCUGUGUCCAGGUGCUGAAGGGUCAAGGGCAGCGCUUAACCCGGAGUGAAAAGUCGGCGCUGGAGGCUUUUCGCGUCAUCCCAGCCGCGCAAGCUGCGCAUGUGGGGGAUGACGCAGAGACCGGAGGCUCAUUCGUAGAGCGCCUCCAAAAGCGCCGCCGCCUGGAACAGCACCAACCAGCUUACUAG